GUGAGCAAAGCAAUGCAGCAAAGCAAUGCAGCGCCUAUCCACCAUCUCAGGACCACCACCAGCCUCAGGACGUUGCUGCUGCUCUGAGUUUCUCAUCACAAGAGCCCUGUCCUAUUGAGAGGGUUCCUGGUAAGCAUGUGGCUUAUCAAGAGGAGAGGAGAUCUAGUCUAAACCUUAACAUAAACCUUCCACAAACCCCAAGGUUAGAUGAGGAAAGGGAGACAGGGCAAGAGAGGAGACAAAGAGAGGGGAGCAUGUCUCCUCUGUCACUCACCACAAGUCUGUGUGAAUCGGAUAGUGAGCACUUCGCAUCACUUUAUGACACUGUUUCACUAGGUUGUCCAUCUGAGGUUUUUGACCCAACGCUAUCCUCCCUCAAUCCUCAGGAGGAGAAAUCCAGCAGGCAAGUAGAGGAGGAGCAAGAGGAAUCAGGAAACACCAGUUGGGUUUCAGCAAACCUCAGUCUGUCACAGUCUAGGAAAGGGAACCAUUUUGACCUAUCAGAAUCCAUGCCUCAGGAAACCACUGUUCCUUCUAACCAGUUAAAGUCCAGGAUGUUUGUUGCUGAGAGCUUUGCAGACUUCAAAGAGGAUUGUCUAGAACCUAAUGGAGACCAAUCUCCGGUUCAAAUAGUUGAUGGAGGGGAACAAUGUAUGGGAAGCCUCCCCUCAAGUGACAGCUUUGCUGAUUUCUGCUCAGCCCCCAUUGAAGGGGAUGAAGAGGGUUGCUGGGCAGAGUUCAGGAACCAGAGACAUCAGGCGGAGGGGAACACCUGGACCCAGUUUGGAGAGGAGGGUAGCACCACCCAGACUGAGGGGGAUGCUGAGGUGAAGCAGGACAGGCGGAGAGGAGAUGAAGCAUCAAAUGGAGACAGCUGUCAGGACUCAGUGCCCAGACGUAUCCAGAGGCUUCUCCAUACUAGUUUCCCAGAGGUUCUGGUGGCCUCAGGGGGCCAGCAUGAGGAGGAGGUGCUGAGCCUUAGCAACUUGCUACAGGCCCAAAAUCACCACCCAGAGGAUGGGAGACAGGAGAGGCCACAUCAAUGCCCAGAGAUGCAUGGGGUUCAGUGGGGCAUGUGGUGGCAACGUAUGGACAUCCACAAUGCUGUUGGUCUUAAGUUCCAGUGGGGCGAUUCCCAUACCAACAAGAUUCUGCUCAUGUGCCUUGGCAUGGACACUAGAAACAUUGUCUUCACUGGCAAGAGGAAGCAGCCUGUAGUCGUUCCUGCCUUUGCAUCUAGUCUGGGAAUGCUAGAGCCUACCAAAGAGUCUAUGCCAGCUGUGUGUCAUCCAGGAUGCACAGCAGUCACAACACAAGGAUCCCCAGCACCCCGAGGCAUACUGGACCCAUUAGCAGACUCAGUUCAGGAGAUGCCCUCCUCCAGCCAGUCGCACUGGAUCAGCAGUGGCCUUUGCAACUCUCAGGACGGUACGUCCUCUCAUCCAGCCUCUCCUUUUGGGGGUUGGAAUUAGACUACUGUCUCUCCUUGCCUGGAAUUGACUUCUCAACUACAACUGCAGGAACUCUCUGUCUUGACUUUUUCUCCCUGUCCUAAUUGGGCUUGUUCCACCUUUUUCUCUGGAUUCACUUU